AGCGGCCGCCAGCAGCACAGCAGGCCAGCAGGAUGGACGCCUCCAUCUCCAAGGGCAGGCCGCGCGCGCCCAACCCGAUGGUCACAGCCGGACCGCUCUCCAUCCUCACGUUCUGGUGGCUGAAAGACCUGUUCAUACUCGGUUCCAAGAAAGACCUUGAAACUGACGACCUGUACGACACACUCGAAGGAGAUCUCUCGGAGAAGCUGGGCACCAGAUUAGAAAACAACUGGAAUAAAGAGAUAGCAAAGGCCAAAAAGGAUGCUACAUACAAACCAAGUCUUCUCAAGGCCCUUAUAAAGACAUUUGGUCAGCAGUACGGCCUCUUAGGGAUAUUUGUUGCAGUGAACAUUGUAAUUGUGAACACUUCCAGGCCAAUACUUCUAGGUCUCCUCUUGCAGUAUUUCACACCUGAUACAACAGUCACGGAGGAGGCAGCUCUCUGGUAUGGAGGAGGGCUAAUCGUCAUAUUGUUUCUGUGUCUCUUCAUGAGUCAUCACAGUGGCUUCAUUGCACAGCAAAUAGGGAUGCGUAUCCGUGUAGCUAUUUGUUCACUUAUCUACAGGAAGACAAUUCGUUUGAGUAAAGCAACGGCAGGACAAACAGCCACAGGAAAGAUGAUAAAUCUUCUUUCAAAUGAUGUUAAUCGGUUUGAUUUUGUAACAUUUUUCCUUCACUACUUCUGGAUAACUCCAUUAGAGACAGUUGUGGCAACAUAUUUCAUAUGGAAAGCAGUUGGAUGGGCAGCUAUUAUAGGAGUUGCUGGAAUUUUUCUUCAGACGAUGCCUGUUCAGACUUACAUAACACGGAUGACUACAAUGUAUCGUUCAAAAAUUGCUGUAAGAACUGAUGACAGAGUUCGGCUAAUGAAUGAAAUCAUCACAGGAGUCCAAGUAAUUAAAAUGUAUGCAUGGGAAAAGCCAUUUGAAAAAAUGGUUGAAAUUGCUCGAAGGAAUGAAGUCAAAGUACUUAGAGGAGCCAAUUAUCUGAGAGGUUACAGUAUGGCAUUUAUGGUUUUUACUGAAAGAACAUCUUUAUACAUCACUGUUGUUGCUUAUGCUCUUCUGGGAAAUGUUAUAACAGCUGAUAUAGUUUUCACUUUAGCCCAAUUUUUCAACCUUCUGCAACUUUGUUUGGCCUUAUGUCUUCCACUAGCAAUGCAAAUGUCAGCAGAGGCCAAAGUUUCAAUCUUCAGAAUUCAGGAAUUUUUGUUGCAAGAGGAACAUGUACCAGUACUACCAGCACCAGUCACAUUAAGAGAAAGUGAUAAAGAAAAACUGAAAGAAACGAAGACAGGGGUACAAAUGAAGAAGUGUUCUGCUAAAUGGUCUCCAUCAUCUAUAACAGAAACGUUAACAAAUAUCAGUAUGGAAGUCCUGCCUGGGAAUUUGUGUGCUGUUAUAGGUCCAGUAGGUGCGGGAAAGAGCUCACUACUUCAUGUUCUUCUCCGAGAACUUCCUCUAACUUCAGGAUCAAUAACAACAGACAGAAAAAUUUCAUAUGCUUCUCAGGAUGCUUGGUUGUUUGUUGGAACAGUACGUCAGAAUAUCUUGUUUGGACAGCCAUAUGAUCACAGAAAGUAUAAAGAGGUAGUAAAAGCAUGUGCACUGAAAAGGGAUUUUGAACUAUUUCCAAAUGGUGAUAAAACUCUUGUUGGUGAAAGAGGUGUCUCUCUAAGUGGUGGUCAGAGAGCACGAAUAAAUCUUGCAAGGGCAGUCUACAGAGAUGCAGAUAUAUAUUUACUAGAUGAUCCUCUGUCUGCUGUUGAUGCACAUGUUGGUAAACAUCUGUUUCAAGAAUGUAUCAAUGGUUAUUUAUGUAGAAAGACACGAAUUUUAGUCACUCAUCAACUGCAAUAUCUCAAGGAUGCUGAUUUGAUUGUUAUUCUCAACAAUGGACGAAUAGAAGACCAGGGUACUUUCAGUGAACUUAUGACACAGAAAACUGACUUUAUAAACCUGCUUGUCAGCAAUCAAGAAGAAUCAGAAAAGACUGUGGAACGAUCAAUGAAAAAACAACUGUCAGUUGGAUCUACAUAUAGCUCCGUUCCUGAUGAAGAUGAAGAAGAUGACUUUGAUGAACCUGAUGAAACUGCUGAAAUGAUAGAAAGAGGAAAACUAAAAGGUACUCUUUACAAAGAUUAUGCCACAGCAGGAUCAAGUUAUUGGCUACUUGCUUGGUUAGCUCUUUUUUGUCUUCUGGCUCAACUUUCAUCGACUGGGGCAGAUUAUUGGGUAUCAUUUUGGACAAACCAAGAAGAAGCAAGGGUGAAAUUAAUGGAAGCAAAUAUUUCUGCUUCCUUUUCACAUGUCCAAAACAUUACUGAUUAUGUCAGUACAGAAGAUACUUUCACUGGACUUUUUUCUGCAUUUCUGGAUCCAAACAACACUGAAUCAGUAACUGCUCAGUGGAAAAACGAUACGGCUAGAAAUGUUUCAUUUGAAACAUAUUCAGAAGAGAAUUUAAAUGUUAUUGGAACUAAUUUUAAUGCGGCAUCUGGUGAACAUUUAUUAACAAGAGAUCAGCACAUUAUAAUUUACACAGUCUUCGUUCUUGGCUGCUUGGUUAUAACUACAUAUAGAGCAAUGCUUUUCUUUAAAGUCUGUAUGAAUUCAUCUCAAGGCUUGCACAAUAGAAUGUUCAAUAGUGUGUUAAAAGGAUCAAUGAGAUUCUUUGAUUCAAAUCCUUCAGGUCGAGUCCUGAAUCGUUUCUCUAAAGAUAUGGGAGCUGUUGAUGAACUGUUACCAAAGGCGUUACUAGAUUCUAUGCAGAUAAGUUUGACUGUCAUUGGAGUAAUCUGUAUGGUAGUCUUUGUUAACUACUACUUUACUAUUGUAAUAAUCAUUAUUGGGCCACUUUUCUACAAGAUACGUCAGAUAUAUCUACGUACUGCACAAGACAUAAAGCGAUUGGAAGGCAACACUAGAAGUCCUGUUUUCUCAUACAUCUCUGCAUCCUUAAAUGGCCUCACCACGAUAAGAUCAUCUGAAGCUGAUCAGAUAGUUGUGAAGGAAUUUGACUAUCUGCAGGAUCGACAUUCGUCGGCUUGGCACACGAGUAUUGCAUGUAACACAGCAUUUGGUAUAUGCCUUGACCUCAUUAGCACAUCAUUUGCAUCCUUUGUCAUUGUGGUGUUUUUGACUAUUGAGACAGGUAUUCCAGCUGGUUUUGUUGGUCUCGCCAUCUCCCAGUCAUUAAUGAUCACUGGUCUGCUUCAGUAUGGAAUUAGGCAGACAACAGAAGUUGUUAAUCAGAUGACAGCAGUAGAAAGAAUUCUUCAGUACAACAACAUUGAGAUGGAGGGUCCAUUUGAAUCAGAGCCAGGAACGAAACCACCUCCAGGAUGGCCAAAACAAGGUGCGAUUAGAUUUGAGAAACUAUCUCUUCAGUAUAUACCAACAGAUCCACCAGUUCUCAGAGGUCUAGACUUCAGUAUAGAACCUGGACACAAGGUUGGCAUUGUUGGUAGAACUGGAGCUGGAAAAUCAUCUCUCAUUGCUGCACUAUUUCGACUGGCCAAACUUGAAGGAGCUAUUUAUAUUGAUGAUGUUAACACACAGUCUAUGGGUUUACAUGAUCUCAGGAAACGAAUUUCAAUCAUCCCUCAGGAACCAGUUCUGUUUUCAGCAACCCUUCGCUAUAACUUGGAUCCUUUUGAAGAGUUCAAAGAUCACCAACUAUGGAGUGCUCUUGAAGAGGUAGAGCUCAAGGAUGCUUUUGACUCUUUGGAAUUUCGGGUGUAUGAAGGAGGCAGUAACCUCAGUGUGGGACAGCGACAAUUGAUAUGCCUUGCUCGGGCAAUCCUGAGAAAUAACAGAGUUCUUGUUCUUGAUGAGGCUACAGCAAAUGUUGAUCCACAAACUGAUGGACUCAUUCAAACCACAAUCCGUACAAAGUUCAAGGCAUGUACAGUGAUAACAAUUGCUCACAGACUGAACACAAUUAUGGAUUCUGAUAAAGUACUUGUUAUGGAUUCUGGGACUAUGGUGGAAUAUGCACAUCCUCAUGUACUGCUACAAUUCCCAGAGGGCUAUUUCUACAAAAUGGUUGAGCAAACAGGGGAGUCAAUGGCUGCCCAAUUGGCUAAAGUAGCAGAAGAGGCCUACAACAGGAAACCUUGAGGCAAAUAAAAACA